AUGCAAGGGAUUACAACCAGUAUGUGUUUGGGAGACGGAGACUACUGCUACUUUGCAAAGCAUUGAGCUUUGAUUCAACCUUAAAAAGUAGAUAUCAACAGAAAGUGUGAAGCUCACUGCUUCUUUACUUUGGCCAGGAGCCACCGCUGGCACGGCUGAGCCCAGUAGACAGGAGGAGAGGGAGGGAUCUGAAGAGGAGCGCCCAGACCGACUGUCUACAUCACUGACUGGCAGCAUGGGUGAAGAAGGGCCUCCCAGUCUGGAGUACAUCAAGGCCAAGGACCUGUUCCCCCAGAAAGAGCUGGUGAAGGAGGAUGAAAGCCUUCAGGUGCCAUUCGCCGUUCUUCAGGGGGAAGGGGUGGAAUAUCUUGGCUGUGCUGACGAAGCCGUCAUUGCCAUUUCUAACUACAGACUCCACAUCAAGUUCAAGGACUCUGUCAUCAACACCUACCCAGGUGUGGACAAUGAGAUAUCUGUGCCGCUCAGGCUGAUAGACAGUGUGGAGAGCAGAGAUAUGUUCCAGCUGCACAUCAUCUGCAAAGACUCCAAAGUUGUAAGAUGCCACUUUGCAACGUUCAAGCUCUGCCAGGAGUGGGUGAAGCGUCUGAACCGGGCCAUUGCUCACCCGUCCCGGCUCGAGGACCUGUUCGCCUUGGCCUAUCAUGCCUGGUGUCUGGGAGGCAACGCUGAUGAUGAAGACCAGCACGUCCAUCUCUGUCGCCCAGGUGAUAACGUGCGCCAGAGAAUGGAAAUGGAGGUCAAGAGGAUGGGCUUUGACACGCAGAACGUCUGGAGAGUGUCAGACAUAAACUGCAACUUCAAGCUGUGCUCCAGCUACCCACAGAAGCUUCUGGUUCCAAUAUGGAUCACAGACAAGGAGCUGGAGAGUGUGGGUUCGUUCAGAUCCUGGAAGAGGAUCCCUGUGGUGGUCUACAGGCACCAGAAGAACGGGGCGGUGAUCUCCCGUUGCAGCCAGCCUGAGAUCAGCUGGUGGGGCUGGAGAAACACGGAUGAUGAGUACUUGGUGACAUCCAUCGCCAAGGCGUGUCAGAUGGACACCGGAGCCAAGGGUACCUGCGGAGCUCCAGCCUGCCGACAACGCGGUGAAGCUCCCGACUCCUCCGAUAGUGAUUUCGACUCUUCUCUGACGGGCGGCUCGGGCUGCGAUGAGAACACUGUGCCACAGAAGCUGUUGAUUCUGGACGCUCGCUCAUACACUGCCGCAGUGGCCAACAGAGCCAAGGGCGGAGGCUGCGAAUGUGAAGAGUACUACCCCAACUGCGAGGUGAUGUUCAUGGGAAUGGCCAACAUCCACGCCAUCCGGAACAGCUUCCAGGCUCUGAGGACCGUCUGCAGUCAGAUCCCCGAUCCAGGAAACUGGCUUUCGGCACUUGAGAGCACCCGUUGGUUGCAGCACCUGUCCGUCAUGCUGAAGGCAGCCACUCUGGUGUGUUCGGCGGUGGAGAGGGAGGGCCGUCCGGUCCUGGUGCACUGUUCGGACGGGUGGGACCGCACACCACAGAUUGUAGCCCUCUCCAAGAUCCUCCUGGACCCCUACUACAGGACGUUAGAGGGUUUCCAGGUGCUUGUGGAGACUGAGUGGCUGGACUACGGUCAUAAGUUUGGGGACCGCUGCGGUCACCAGGAGAACGCUGACGACGUGAGCGAGCAGUGUCCCGUCUUCCUGCAGUGGCUGGACUGUGUUCACCAGCUGCUCAAACAGUUCCCCUGCCUGUUUGAGUUCAACGAGGCCUUCCUGGUCAAGUUGGUGCAGCACACGUACUCGUGUCUUUACGGCACCUUCCUGUGCAACAACGCUCGCGAGAGGGAGGCGAAGAACAUCUACAAACGCACCUGCUCCGUGUGGUCCCUGCUUCGCAAUGGAAACAAGAACUUCCAGAACUUCCUCUACAUCCCCAGUCAUGAUAUGGUGCUGCAGCCAGUCUGCCACACACGAGCAUUACAGCUGUGGACAGCCGUCUACCUGCCCACCUCCUCCCCCUGCACCGCUGUGGACGAUUCUAUGGAGCUCUACCUCCCCCCGAGUGUCACCGGAGACGAACUCACCUCCCGUUCCCUGGACAGACUUCCCAAGACCCGCUCCAUGGACAACCUGCUGUCAGCUUUUGAGAACGGGGUGCCCCUGACUCGCACUUCCAGCGACCCAAAUCUCAAUAAGCACUGCCAGGAGGGUCGCUCUGCCCCGGAGCCCUCACCAGACCUGGAGGACACCUCUGCAGACAUCUCUGAUGAGGUCACAUCUGACACUGAUCUGGAGAGCAGAGACGGGGAACCUUUACUUCAGAGUCCUGCCAAGACCUCAGAGGGUGUCCCGGCUGAAGAGCGCUGUGAGGACGCAGUGGAGGAGCCCUGUCUCACCACGCAGCCCCUGCCCUCUCUGCCCCUUCCCCCCGUCCCUCUCAUUGAGUACCUCCCGCCCGCUCACACUCCCUUUCUCGCUCCUGUUCUCCAACAGGCUUUGCCUCAGAUCACUAACCCUCCACUCCUGCCACCUCCGCUGGAGCCUGAGAGCCCCUGUAGGACUGCUGAGAACACCACGUCACCCACUCAUAAGUCAGAGCCGUGCUUAACUCUCCCCUGCAACGGCUUGGAGCCUGCAGCCACCGCACCCACCUGGCUGUUUAACGGCCACGGUGACAGCCAAGAAAACGGCCUCUCAGAAUCUGCAGACCUGCUGGCUCUGAAGCAGCUAACACCACUCCUUCCCAUGGAGGACUCCACAGAGACUCUCACAGGUGAGGGAGAGCUGCCUCCCGCAGAGAGCCAGGAUCUUACCCAGAAUCCUUUUAAUGACGAGGAGCUGCCUGAGAAGCUGCCUGAGAAGCAGCCUGAGAAGCAACCUCAGGAGCAACCUCAGGAGCAACCUCAGGAGCAACCCGAGAAGAAAUUUCAGAAGCAACCUGAGGAGCAACUUCAGAAGCAACCUGAGGAGCAACUUCAGAAGCAACCCAAGGAGCAACUUCAGAAGCAACCUGAGGAGCAACUUCAGAAGCAACCUGAGGAGCAACUUCAGAAGCAACCCAAGGAGCAACUUCAGAAGCAACCCGAGGAGCAACUUCAGAAGCAACCCGAGGAGCAACCCGAGGAGCAACUUCAGAAGCAACCCCAGGAACAACUUCAGAAGCAACCCGAGGAGCAACCUGAGGAGCAGCCUGAGAAGGAGAAAGAGGACUUGAGGACCGAUGAGGUGAAAGGAAGAGAGCCCGUGUUAACGGUUGCAGUAGCUCCUGUGGACUGUGCCCAGGUAGCAGCUCGCCACCUGAUCUCUCAGAGCCAGCUCACGGACCUGUCUCUGCUCGGCUCCCAUUGGGAGAGCGUCCAGGGUCUGGUCCAGUCCGCCUGCAAUAGCGCCACUCACUCUGGCGUCAGCCGCGCCUUGCAGCACAAUGCUUACCAGAGCCGCCGGCUCGCCAGCAAGCUGCUCCGCUCCCAGGGUUUCGCCAUCCCCAACGGGUCCCAGUGCUGCCGCAGAGAGGCUCUUUGUUAUCCCAGCAGCCCCCUGCAGGCUGGAUGGCUAUCUGCUGCAAGGGGUGCAGGUUACAGCGGCCUUUGUGCGCCUGCUGCCGCCGCCCCCACCGCCAUCAACAGCUACUCCAUGGCAGGCCAUCAACUCCUGCCCGUGUCAUACUCCUCGCCCUCCGCUUCCAGCUCCCCGCCCCCACCCCAGGCCCCAGCUUACCUGGAUGAUGACGGGCUGCCAGUGCCUAUGGACGCUGUGCAGCAGAGGCUGCGGCAGAUCGAGGCCGGCUACAAGCAGGAGGUAGAGGUGCUGAGGCAGCAGGUGCGACAGCUGCAGAUGAGGCUGGAGAGUAAACAGUACAGCACCCCUCCCUCGGAGCCAGACAUCGACUACGAGGACGACAUUACGUGUCUGCGGGAGUCAGACAACAGUAACGAGGAGGACUCUCUGUCCACCCACAGCGAGGACCGUCUGUCUGAGGGCAGCUGGGAUCGAGUGGAGAGCAAGGACACAGAGGUCACGAGGUGGGUGCCCGACCACAUGGCCUCCCAUUGUUUCAACUGUGACUGCGAGUUCUGGAUAGCUAAGAGACGUCACCACUGCAGGAACUGUGGCAAUGUGUUCUGUAAAGACUGUUGUCAUCUGAAGCUGCCAAUCCCAGACCAGCAGCUGUAUGACCCGGUGUUGGUCUGCAUCAUCUGCCACGACCUGCUCCUGGAGUCCCGCACCCGCGAGAUCCGCAGCCAGCAGCUCAAGAAGGCCAUCGCCACAGCCUCCAGCUGAGAGAAGCGUUGCGUAGCAUGGCCCGCCUCGGCUCUGUCCUGCUCCUUUUGGACUGAUGAGCUGAGCGCCCCGUUGUAACCCAAAACCUGCUGUGGUUUUGGCUGCUGGGGGGGGAGAUGAGGAGGAAUUGUUACUCUUUGGGAGGCUCGGUUUGGGAGCCGAGAUGCACUGUGAGACUGUCUGAGAGGCGGAGGAAAGGGAAAGUGUGAGAUGGGGGGAACAAGCGGGGGGAACAAACCCCUUCUGUUCAAAGACAUUUUCAGGCCGGAGCACUGCAGCGUCCAGCUGCCUCAGCACGGCUCAGUCCUCUAGUGGUGUCCCGUCCGAGACACUUCUCCAACCUGUCGACACCUUUAGUACCAAACACCUGCGCACCCUCCUUACAGACACUGUCUCGCACUUCACAGGACAAUCGCUCACCCUUCCUACGUGUCGGGGUGACUCCAAAGCCUUUACCUGUACUACUGGAGGCUUUCAACUUUAACAGAAAAGAAUUGCUGCUACAGUAUUUAAAAGUCUAAUUUUGUAUUCUUAUUUUUGUGCACUACUAGCUGUCGUGUAUUCGAGGGAAUUUGAGACCAAACUUGAGUAAAAGGGAGAAAUCUGCUGUUUACUUUGUCAUUGCAUCUUUUUUUCUUGGAGCCUGAAUGUAAUAUGUAAUGGAUAACUGGAUCGAGUUUAUGUGCAUUUGGUGGGUCGUAUAUGUGUUUCAUUGCUGCAAUGUGUUUUCAAAUUGUAUAUGCACAGUCAAUGUGGUUCUGUCUUUAUCAAUGCUUUUCUCCAGUAUAGCCAUGUUUCGACGUUCUGAGGGAUGUGCGUGAACCGAGCGAUGCAAUGCUGCGUGUGGUUGGUUUUGUGGGACGUGUACUGAAGUGUUAAGAGGAAGAGAACACGAUGAUGUUGGGAACAGAUUUCUGUAACGUCUUCUGAUGUGAUAAAAUGUCAUUUGAAGGUACUGUCGGGAUUCUGUGAUGUGACGGGGGCAAGGUUCUUCUGCUGAGAUGUUUGUGAAUGAAUGAAUGAUGUCCACCUGACUGAUGACUCCUCAGAUUGUUAACUGGCAGUACAGACUGAACGAAGUGCUUGGAGUUUCUUGUUCUGUUUAGGGGAGUUUGGCCACAAUCCCCUUUUGAAAAAAAUCUGUGUUUGUGUCUACUGGUUGUUGAGACAAUAGUGCCAUAUUUUGUUUUGUCUAUUUUUAAAGCCUUUUUCUUUCUUCUGGAUGGCAGCAGGUUUCUAAUUUGUCACCUCUCUGUAUGUUUUAUUGGUACAGAUAGUUAGCUGCUUGAUAACACUGAGACAACUAAAGAGUAACAGAUGGUGCGAUGGCGAUAAGAGUCUAACGUUUCAAUGGAUGAUCGGAUGUCACUGAAUUAGUUAUCCAUUGUCUAAUAUUUGGGAUUUUUUCACACGGUGUUCAUGAAGUCGAAAUCUCUAAGAGGAACUCAGAAAUGUAACAUACAUAGUUAUCUGAUCUGUAGUGGUGGCUCAAACCUGUCACUUAAUGAAUUAUUGUUGUAAAGAAAUGCACUGUAAAAGUUAAAUCCCAUGGGUUAAAAUAAAAGAUUAUAUCAUG